CAGAAAAUGGUUAACGAUGGAGCCAAACAAGCCUCCUCGCUACUCAUUUCAGACGUGUUUGACCAACAAGCUCGGCUAGAUGCACCCGAGCAGCCGUUCUUCAGCUCGAGAAAACAGAAAGAGGCAAUGAAAGAGCUUUUGGCUAGUGUACCACUUGAGGAUGAGAAGCAGGCAAAAGAUGACAUAGCAAGCUUGACGAAAGCGGUGAGGAAAUUUAGCAGGAACGCAGUCAGACCUGACGCCGACCGAGGAAAUCUAUGGUCAGUCAAGGGCAUGAGGACAUCGUUGAAGGCGUAUCAGCUCGUAGGCAGUGGGUGGAUGCGCGAUCGAGAGAAUGCCGCUGAAGAGCCAAGAGGGGGCAUACUGGCAGACCAAAUGGGACUUGGUAAAACGCUCAUGACGUUAGCGAACAUCCAUGAUGGUCGCCCACCAAAGAAUAGCCCAGGCCCCAAGUCCACCCUCAUUGUCGCCAGUCCCGCACUUCUCACUCAAUGGAAGAGCGAAAUCGAAAAACAUAGCUCAAAUGAGUUGAGAAUCAUGCGUUACGGCACUGGAACACGUGUGGAAUCUAGUGCAUGCUUGGAUAUACUGAGAGGCCAUGACAUAGUUCUCACCACAUACACCGAGGUGAUGAGAUCACAUCCCAAGUACAAGCCGCCGAGCGAUUGUAAAAACAAAGAAGAGGAGGAGGCCUGGUGGAUGGAAACCUGGGAAAAGAAAAGAGGUCCCCUGCACCGAGUACAUUUCUUACGCAUAGUUCUCGACGAGGCCCAGGCCAUCAAGAACCACCAGUCGCUCACAUCAAUCGCCUGUCGUGCACUACAGGCUGAUCACAAGUGGGCUUUAAGUGGAACUCCGAUACUCAAUAGCUUGACUGAGACGUAUCCUUACUUCAAAUUCCUUGGUGUUCCACUUAUCGACAACUUCGACAACUUCGAGGAGGACUAUUGCAACCCCGAAAAUCCAGAAAAGCUUUUGGUGAGGCUCUCACAGUUUAUGCUCCGCCGUACUCAUUCAGAUAAAAUGAUGGGAGCUCCGAUUCUCAAGCUGCCUCAGGCUCAUCAAGCCACGUACUGGUGCAAGUUCAAUCCAGUUGAGCGCCGCAUAUACGACAUUGUUCAGAAACGCUUCACUGAGCGGAUGGAGGCGAUGAAGGGUGGCACCUCAGAAAAGUCCUACAACAAUAUUCUGGUGCUGUAUCUCAGACUUCGCCAACUAACGGCCCACAUUCUUAUGCUUCAAUUUGUCAUGCAAGAUCUCCUUGAGCAGGAAGAUUUUGAAAGCAUCGAACAGGUACUUCAGCAGCAUACAGCUGAUAGUAACGCUCAAUAUAGCGGCACAAUAAUCGCAGUUCGAAAGCAGCUUCAAAUGAUAGCAGAUCACAAGAAGAAAAAGAAGUGCACCCAUCCGGAAGCCAACAAAGACGCCGGAGGUCAAGACCAGGAUAGCAUCACUGAUGAACGAGAAGAAGAAGGACCACAGUCAACUCAUCGUCUCGGGGCCGGUGGAGAGUUUGGCAAAGAUUACAACUUCGGACACUUUCUUAGCAGUCUCCAAAAAGGCGACAGCGGGGAAAGAGCUAAGAAAACAGCCAAGUGUAGCACCUGCGGAAAAAAACCACGACAUCCUAUGAUGAUAUCAUGUGGGCAUUUUAUUUGCGCCGAACCCUGCUACUCAGAAGCCCUCAUUGAGAGGGCUGAGCAGGGGGAAGAGAAUGUAGUUUGCAACAGCUGUGGUGUAAUACCCACUUAUGUCCAUGCAUGCGAAGUGGAAACUGAUCUGGAAGAUGUACCUACAUCUGGCACGGGAUCGAAAAACAAGAAGAAAGGCAAAGGGCACAAACGUCCCUAUAAUGAGGUUAUUCCAGACGACUGGCUUGCCGCGCUAGACGACCACAUCCUACCUUCUGCAAAGACCAUUGCAGUCAAGUCGCAGAUUCUGAACUGGAUCAAGGAGAACCCGAAUGUCAAGAUCAUUGUUUAUACACAGUUUCUUGCUAUGGUUCAAAUUUUAAGGCACAUUUGCCAGAAAGAAGGUUGGAACAGCGUCCAGUACCACGGUAAGAUGAGCUUUACUGCUCGCGAUAAUGCCAUUCGAUCGUUUUCCGAACAAGGUGAUAUUCAGAUCAUGCUGGCAAGUAUGCACUGUGGUGGCUUGGGUCUUAACUUAACUAUGGCUUCGAAGGUUAUCUUUAUUGAUCCUUGGUGGAAUUCUGCUAGAGAGCAGCAGGCUUUCUGUCGCGUAUUCCGCAUUGGCCAACAAACAGAGACGUUCAUGACCCGUUUUUGUGUUAAGCAGACGAUCGACAGUAAGAUCAUAAACAUUCAAAAACGCAAAGAAGAAGAGAUUGAAUGCGUGAUG